AUGCCCACCCUCCAAACCAGCACCCUCGCCUUCCUCGGCGGCGGCAACAUGGCCUCGGCCAUCAUCUCCGGCCUGCUGCGCCAAUCCGUGCCCGCAACCAACAUCCACGUCUCCGAGCCGUGGGAAGUCAACCGGAACAAGAUCGCCGCGCUGGGCGUGAACACCACGACAUCCAACACCGAGGCCGCCUCCGCCGCCGACGUCGUCAUUCUGGCCGUGAAGCCGCAAGUCGCGAAGACCGUGUGCGAGGAACUUCGUGAGGAAUGGACGGCCACGGCGCGGGAGAAGUUCCCGAUUGUGGUGAGCAUUGCGGCGGGAAUCACGUUGGAGAGUUUGCAGAAGUGGUUGAGUGUUGAGGGUGGGAAGGUGGCGCCGGUGGUGAGGGUUAUGCCGAAUACGCCGGCGUUGGUGACGGAGGGGGCUAGUGGUGCGUUUGCCGGGGUGGAGGUUAGUAAGGAGGAUAAGGGUUUGGUUGAGGCGUUGUUGGGGAGUGUGAGUCGGGUUACGGAGUGGGUGGAUAAGGAGGAGUUGUUGGAUGUUGUUACGGGGUUGUCUGGAUCCGGUCCGGCGUAUUUCUUCGCUAUGGUUGAGCAUCUUGUUGCUAGUGCGACUGCUCUCGGUUUGACGAAGGAGCAGGCUACGAGGCUGGCGGCGCAGACUUGUCUCGGUGCUGGAAAGAUGCUCGUUGAGUCGGAUGAUGAGCCCGCACAGCUGAGGAAGAACGUUACUAGUCCGAAUGGCACGACGUAUGCGGCGUUGCAGACUUUUGAGAAGCUGAACUUUGCGGAUAUCGUGGAUCAGGCGGUUAAGGCGGCCACGGAUAGAGCUGCGGAGUUGGGUGAGAGCUUGGGAAAGCAGUAA